UCAAAUCACAAAAACCGCUCUGUCGUUUUACCAAAACCUCACUUUUCCCACCGUCGUUUUGACCGAAAACGAUGAUCGAAUGCAGCGUUUGUCACUCAAAGAUCGAACUACACACAGACGGAGUGUCCAAAGCCUACGACAAACGCCGAACCGAAAGCUUCUCCAAAACGCGCUUCCUCCACGUCGCUUUGGUCGUUGGCGACUGCGUUUUGGUCGGUUUACAGCCUGUGUUGGUUUAUGUGAGUAAAGUUGAUGGAGGCUUCAAAUACAGUCCGAUUAGUGUCAAUUUUUUGACUGAAAUAGUGAAGGUUCUCUUUGCUGUUGUUAUGCUCUUGCUUGAGGCUCAACAUAAGAAAGUUGGAGAGAAAUCUCUUCUCUCAUUUUCCACCUUUGUACAGGCAGCUCAAGAUAAUGUGCUUCUUGCUGUUCCUGCUUUCCUAUAUGCUAUCAAUAAUUAUUUAAAGUUCAUUAUGCAGCUUUAUUUCAAUCCUGCGACUGUGAAGAUGCUGAGCAACCUGAAGGUUUUUGUGAUUGCUCUCCUGUUAAAGAUAAUAAUGAAACGGCAGUUUUCUAUCAUUCAGUGGGAAGCUCUUGCUCUUUUGCUUAUUGGAGUCAGUGUGAAUCAGUUGCGGUCCUUACCAGAGGGUACCACUGCUCUGGGUAUUCCACUUGCAACAGGGGCAUACCUAUGUACUCUGAUAUUUGUCACGAUUCCAUCUCUUGGAUCAGUUUAUAAUGAGUAUGCUUUGAAGAGUCAAUUUGAGACGAGCAUUUACCUUCAGAACUUGUUUCUGUAUGGAUAUGGUGCGAUAUUCAACUUCCUAGGAAUUGUUGUUACUGUUGUUUUUGAAGGUACCAGUGGCUUGGACAUCCUGCAAGGACAUUCAAAGGCUACCAUGCUUUUGAUAUGCAACAAUGCAGCCCAAGGGAUUUUGUCAUCAUUCUUCUUCAAAUAUGCAGAUACAAUUUUGAAAAAAUACUCGUCAGCUGUUGCCACAAUAUUUACAGGAUUAGCAUCUGCUGCAAUGUUUGGUCAUAGCCUGACUAUUAAUUUUGUUCUUGGAAUCUCCAUUGUUUUUAUAUCUAUGCAUCAGUUCUUUUCACCUCUUUUGAAGGUUAAAGAUGAACCACAAAGAGGCGGUCUGGAAAUGAUAGACAGUCAGAUAAAUCAGAGGUCAAAGGAUACAUCCUUCAUAAAUAUGGCAGCUGGGGCAAAUGAAGAAGCUAGCCAUCAUGUUGGAAACGAGGAGAGAACACCACUUCUUCCCAUUUAAACAUGUCAAGAAUUUUGGAUUGCUAUUGGAGUAUAUGUAUAUUACCAAGGCGAGAUUUUCAAGAAGAUAAGAGUAGAUUAUACACAAUUUUUAGCAACUCAAUACAAGUAAGCAAUGCUCUAAAAGAUAUUAUUUUCCGGGUUUCGUUCAUCAUCGAUAUCAUGGAACCACGUUUGAAGUAUUCAAGAUUCACACAGUUAGACUUAGGCCAUACUUGAGUUACUGAAAAAAAAUAGGUUAUCCGCGGGAAUAUGUUGCAAUACAAGAGCUAUUUCUCUUUCUUUGAAAAAAAAAAAAGAACUGAAUCCAGUCGGUAACGUUAUCAUAUCAGUAUGAUAGUGUUGCCCACACGAGUUUAGUUUUCUACUGAAAUUAUGGAUUUUCUAGCCUUGUAAAUGUUUCAGCUUACAUAGUAUCAAUAAAACACAAAAAUCAUGCAUUUUUCUCC